CUUGGACUAGAUGAUCUCUAAGAUUCUCUUCUAUUUCUACCAUUCUGAAAUUCUUCUUAUUAACUAUAAAAUUGCUUUCAGCUGAAUAGUUGUUUCAUACUGAAUUUUCUCUUUCCCACGUUCACAGUCUAACUAUUAGCACAAGGAGAAACGUGACUGUGGUACGUGGAUUAGGUGCAUGGUGGUGGCUGACACUGUCACUUAAAUCACAAAAUAUAUAUACACGAUCUAUCCAACCUGCCUCCAUGGCUAAGCGAGGAAAGUUGAGACACCGCCAGUUUUCAUUGGAAGAGAAGAUGAGAGUGGUAGAAGCAGUAGACACUGGCCGAAAGAAAGGAGAUGUAGCAAAGGAUUUUAGGACCACUCUAUCUAUUGACCAAGCCAAAAUUGAAGAGAAAGUGAAGAAAGGGAUACUGGCACCUAAACAAAAGCGAAUGAGAGGUGCACUUUAUGGCGACAUUGACUUAGCAGUGUUUGCAUGGUAUCAAGAUGUGCAAGCAAGGAAUGGCCCCAUCAGUGGUCCACUUGUUCGGCCAAAGGCCCUGGAUUUUGUUAGCCUUCUUGGUCACGAUGAGUUUCAAGCAAGUGUAGGCUGGCUGAACAGAUUUUGUGCACAGUAUGGAAUUGUAUUAAAGGUAGUCUGUAAUGAAGAAAAUACUCCCAUGGAAAAGAUAAAUGACUUGCGUGCAGGAGAAAUUAAGAAGCUAAUUGCUGACUAUAGCCUUGAUGAUGUUUUUAAUGCUGAUGAAACAGGUAUGCUUUAUCAGUUGCUGCCUCAUCAUAUACUCUCAGCCAAAGGUAAAAUUUCUAAAGGAGGCAAACAAAAAUUGAUAGCUCUUUUCUUUUGCAAUGCAUCAGGGACAGAAAAGAUGAGACCUCUCAUUGUUGGCAAGUCAGCUAAGCCACAUUGCUUUAGGAAUGCCCAUUUGCUCCCAUGUGAUUAUCAAGCUAAUACACAUGCUCGAAUGACACAGGAUUUAUUUAAUGAGUGGCUGAUAAAGGUUGAUGUGAGGAUGAAAGGAGCAAAACGCAAUAUCCUCUUGUUAAUUGACAAUUGCUCUGCUCACAACACAGUUCCCCACUUAGAACACAUCCGAGUUGAAUUUUUACCAAUGAACUGCACAGCCACCUUGCAACCUUUGGAUCAGGGCAUAAUACGCACUGUGAAAGUUCAUUACAGAAGCCAGCUACUGAAACAGCUUUUUCUCAAUCUGGAUGACCAGAACAAAAAUGAAAAAAUUAAUAUGAAACAAGCUAUUGACAUGAUUGCUGAAGCCUGGUGGUCUGUGGAACCAUCUACAGUAGUGAAGUGCUGGCAGAAAACUGGUAUGAUCCCAAUUGAGUCACCUGAUGUGGACCUGGAAGAAGAUCACAGGCCAAAUGUGGUAUUUCAAAAAAUAUGGCACUCAACAGCCACUGCCACUGGUGUCCCAGACCAAUUUGAUUUUGAAGGUUUUGUUGCCGCAGAUAACAAUUUGGUUGUUUCUCAAGAGACAGAGGACACAGAAAUUAUUGAAAGAGUACUUACUGAUAUAAAAAUGGAUCCCCAAAACGAUGGUGAACAUGAUGGGGCUGAAGAAAUGGAACGGUCACCUGUUACUCUUUCAGAAGCCAUAGCAAGUGUUGAAAGCCUAAGACACUUUCUUUCUAAUCAAACAGAUGUUCCGGAUGACAUGUUUGCACAAUUAAGUGGCAUACAUGAGUAUUUAGUGACCGAUGCGACAAAAACUGUUUUUAAAAAAAACAGCUGAAAUGCGGAUGAAUAUGCUUUCCAUUAAAUAAAGUGUGUAAUUAUUCCCUAUGACAUCUGUAAAAACAGAAGACCUAAUGAAUAAAAAUUAUUUGUUGUAAAUGACUGAAUAAGAAAUGUCUGUCAGAAUAUAAGAAUUAAUCUUUAAAUCUUAUUUCAUAA